AUGCCGGGCUCACCCGUACCGCCGCUGACGCCGCCGCCGACUUCGGCAACGGCUGCAGCGACUACGCCAGCAACCGCGCCUGCCCAGGCCCCGUCGACUGCGCAUGCGGCUUCCACAUCGCAUGGGCCUUCUACAUCGACACAGCUACCACCGAAAAAACCAACCAAACCUUCCUCGCAUGCCAGUCGGGCCAAGAAUGUGGCGCUGGCCGCCCUUACUGGUGGCAGUAUCGGCCUGGCUGGGCCAGAUACCCCCAUGCCAGGGUUCUUACCUGCUGGUGGCGGCGGUAGGAAAGUGAUUCCAGAGCUGGUGCUACCCUUCUCUUUGCCUACAGUGCUGGCGUCGGAGCCAUGCUCGCUGACCAAGGAGAACCAGCCGCCAACGUCUGAAGCUUCACAGCCUCUUGGGUCGAGCCUUGUCUUUCUUCAGGCCCUGCGCCAAACGCGUAUGAUGCACAUGGUCCAAGUCUUACCUGCUUUUUGUCAUCGUCAACGUGCCGGUAUGGACUUCUUCGACGCUGUGCCAUCCCAGCUCUUGCCGUACUUGGCCCCGAAAAAGACCCCUGUUCUCCUAGCGUUGGGUCGAGCAGAUGUGCGUGCCGGCCCGAUGACGUACUAUGGUGUGCGAUUCUGGCUUGUUCGUCCCGAUAUCCCAUCGCCACCUGCAACCACAGCUUCGGCAUCGUCCACGCCCGGACCAGGAGCACGGCCCUCAGCCAGUGCUUCAUCGAGCUCGGCGGCGCCGGCGCCCACGUCCGAUACCAAGCCGCCCCCUACGCCCUCCUCGUCCGCGCCGACAAGUGCCAAUUCGCCGCACGCACAGACACAGGUCCCUCGACCGCCGCUAGAUCCUGCGUUUGUGGCGCGCUUGCAGCAGCGAGCAGAGCGAGAUCCACAACUACAGCAUCUUCUUCACCUGGCACGUGUCGGCCAGCUUCCAGAGAGUGGGCUUAUCCAGCUCAAUGGUAUUCUAGCCUCGCUCAUGGCCCCACCGCCAGCCCCACCGCAACCUGUGCACGAUCCACGAAUCCCACCAAUGGUGUUGGUGGAGUUUCCAGAAAAUCCCAGUUUGUACUUUAUACUACCGCUAUGGCAUGCGGCCGUGGAGCGAACACCGCGAACGCCAGAGGCACCUGCUUCCAUUCAGCUUAGCUUUUGUAUACCGGCUAUUGGGUCCAAGGCAGCGGGCGAUAGUGGGAAAGAGGAAGCACAGCGUGCCGAGUAUGGUAUGUUGGUCCAACCCCUCACAUCCCCUCCGGCCGUGCAGGACAAGGUCGAAGCGCCUCCUCCUCCCACAGCGGCUCCCUCCGCAACACCCUCACCCCCACCUGUGGCGACGCCAUCUACCAAGCGAGGACGUCGGAGUAGCGCACGAACCAAAAGCAACGAGACGUCCACACCACCCCCGCCGAAAAAGGCCAAGGCUCACGCUCCUGUGGACGAUACCUCGACAGUGCCUACGAGGCAUCACGAGCUCUUCCCUCUCACAUGGCACAUUGCCAACGAGGGCCCUUUGGACGAUCGUAUUUGGGACUGCUUUGGUCGUGUGCCUGGAUGCAUAACCAGAGGGACUUGGGCGACGCCGCAUGACGAGCAGAUCUUUCACGCUCUUCGACAUUCUUUCCAGCAACGGCUGGCUAGUCGGCCUACAUUGUACACACUUCCACCGACGAUUCGUCCUAGCGACAUUCCCCCUGGCUUGUCGGAUCAUGUGAACGACAAAUACGCUAUGCGCACGAUUACGUACACCAACCGUCCUCAUCCCAAACGCAAAGUCGCUAUGGUGUCGGAUGCCAAAGAGGUCGCUACGAUCAGUGCGAAUGAAGCUGUGCCACGUAGGACGUCGACACCCGAUGGCGCCGUAAAACCGAAGCGCAAGCGUCAUGUGGCGACACACAAUCCUGACGGGAGCAUCAAAAGCUGUGGUGCCUGCGGAAAGACCAAGACACCCAUGUGGCGUCGAGGCCCGAAAGGUCCGUCUCAGCUGUGCAAUGCAUGUGGCGCAAAAUGGAAGGCGGGUCGAUUGGUGGUGCCGGAGGUGCCCCCACCGCCCAUUCUCAAUGAUACCUUGCCUGUGCGGCAUGUCAAGGCGCCGCCAGUAUCUCCGCUGGGGGCCAAGCCGAGCCCCUCUACCUUGCCUGCCGUACCUGGCCCUUCGUCCGUGCCUGUGGGCCUGCCUGUGCCUGCGCCUCCUUCUGCCACACAAGGGCCUGGCUCACCAUACCGACCCCCACCGCCUAUUGUGGUGGCACGGAUGCCAUCGACCUUGCCAACGCAGCCGGCAAGGCCCGUGCCAUCUGCGUCGCCUCACCCGCCCCCUACGGAGGAAUCGGCCACGAACGCUACGAUACCAACUACACCUGCCCCUGCGGCCCAGCGUCCCGCCGACACUUCCUCGGCAGGCACCAGUGGGCUGCCCUCGAUGCCACCCGUGCCCACUGUCCCACGCACGGACGAAAAGGGGUCUGCUCCUACUCCCUAA